AUGACGAGCACAAUUAUAACGGGCGAUUAUUGCCAAUCGGAAUACUUCAUUGCAGUUUGCAACAACAGCCUCAACAACGUCAACAACAACAACAACAACCUCGUCACGAAUGUUGUCGUCAUCACGAAGGCCACCUACGGAAGAAUGCGCGUGAGUCGUUGCGUCACUGGCAUGUAUGGCGAUGUCGGCUGCCGUAAUGACGUCACAAAUUACGUCAGCAGUCGAUGUAGCGGGAAAAGCAGAUGCAAAAUUUACGUGGCUGAACAAAUGCUGCACAGGUUGAAUAGAUGUCCGAUCGAACUGAAUGCGUACCUGGAAGAAAUUCGCAUACCUAUCCUUAGAAAGAUUGCAUUACAACUCUUGACAUGA